UGCAUUUCCAAAAUAUCUAAAUAUAAUUACAAACAACAAUUUAUGAAUUGAAAUGGAAGAAUUGACUUCAUGCAGUAAAGUAACACCUUUCAAAAACUACUAGUAUCACACAAAAACAGAUAUGAGGUCUCUGUCCGGCCCUCCUUCAUGCCAGCCGUCGGAUGGAGCAUCUAGCGGUCCGACAUAAAUGGCCUCUUUUAUUAACAAUCUAGGAACUCCCAGAGGGUGGAAUCUCCAACCAGAAUGCAAAUUGAAAGACCACGAAAACAUCAUUGUACUACUAAGUAACAGCUAAGUAACAACCCACGUGCCUGGUUUUACCUUCCCUCCCUCCCCUUCUUCAUCCACCACUAUCUCUCCAUUCCUCCAAAUACCAUAAUGGGAAGCGCAGGUACUGCGGCGGUGGAGGAGAUAUCGGAGCCUUUCUUGGAAGAUGAUAAGGCGGAAGCGGAGGUGGAACUGAUUCCAGAUUGGAAGGAGCAAAUUACAGUGAGGGGGUUGGUGGUAAGCGCUGUGCUGGGGACGCUCUUCUGUAUAAUCACCCACAAGCUGAAUCUCACAGUUGGGAUCAUCCCCUCCCUCAAUGUUUCUGCUGGCUUGCUCGGCUUCUUCUUCGUCAGGACUUGGACCGCCAUCCUCUCCAAACUGGGCUGUUCUGUUCGACCCUUCACCAGGCAAGAGAACACCGUCAUUCAGACAUGUGUUGUUGCUUGCUAUGGCCUGGCUUUUAGCGGUGGAUUUGGAUCGUAUUUACUGUCAAUGGAUGAGAAAACAUACCAGCUGAUUGGACAAGAUUAUCCUGGCAAUAGGGCAGAGGAUGUGAAAAAUCCAGGGUUGUUAUGGAUGAUGGGUUUCAUAUUUGUUGUCAGUUUUCUUGGCCUUUUCAGCCUUGUCCCACUUCGCAAGGUAAUGGUUCUGGAUGAUAAACUAACAUACCCCAGUGGUACUGCCACGGCAAUGCUAAUAAAUAGCUUUCACACACGUACUGGUGCCGAACUUGCAAGGAAACAAGUGAGCUGUCUAGGAAAAUACUUGAGCAUUAGUUUCUGCUGGAGCGGCUUCAAAUGGUUUUUUAGUGGUAUCGGUGAUUCUUGUGGAUUUGACAAUUUUCCUUCCCUUGGGUUGCCAUUGUUUAACAAUACGUUCUAUUUUGACUUCAGUCCUACGUACAUUGGAUGUGGUCUUAUCUGCUCUCACAUAGUCAACUGUUCAGUUCUUCUUGGAGCAAUUAUAUCAUGGGGUUUCCUUUGGCCAUUUAUUUCUCAGCGUGCUGGUGAUUGGUAUCCAUCAGAUCUUGGAAGCAGUGAUUUUAAAGGUCUCUAUGGCUAUAAGGUUUUUAUAGCUAUUUCUCUUAUUCUUGGUGAUGGUGUUUAUAACCUGAUCAAGAUCAUUGUAAUCACUGUAAGAGAAAUGUGCAGAAAUAGCAGCAACCAGAAUAAUCUUCCUAUGACCGCAGAGCUCUCAGAUGGUAAUACUUCCAAGUCACAACUUGAACAGAAGAAAAGAGACGUAUUUUUGAAAGAUGGGAUACCGUUAUGGGUUGCAGCUUCUGGAUAUGCAGUAUUAGCUUCUAUAUCUACAGUCACAAUGCCAAAUAUCUUCCCUCCACUUAAGUGGUAUUUAGUUCUUUGUGCCUACAUAAUUGCCCCUGCCCUUGCCUUCUGCAAUUCCUAUGGUACAGGACUUACCGACUGGAGUUUGGCCUCAACGUAUGGGAAGAUUGGUCUAUUCACAAUCGCUGCAUUGGUUGGUGGAAGUGGAGGUGGGGUUAUAGCUGGGUUGGCUGCCUGCGGGGCCAUGAUGUCCAUAGUGUCUACAGCUGCUGAUUUGAUGCAAGAUUUCAAGACCGGUUACCUCACACUGUCAUCGGCUAAGUCAAUGUUUUUCAGUCAGUUAGUUGGCACGGCAAUGGGAUGCAUUAUCGCUCCACUCACAUUUUUCAUGUUUUGGAAUGCUUUUGACAUUGGGUCCCCUGACAGUCCAUACAAAGCACCAUAUGCUGUCAUAUACAGAGAAAUGGCCAUUCUUGGAACUCAGGGCUUCUCUCAACUCCCUAAGCAUUGUCUGGUUAUAUGUUGUGGAUUCUUUGUAGCAGCUCUGGUCAUAAACUUACUGAGAGAUCUAACCCCACCAAAGGUUUCACAGUUCAUCCCCAUUCCAAUGGCAAUGGCGGUGCCAUUCUAUAUAGGUGCUUAUUUUGCAAUUGACAUGUUUGUUGGAACAGUGAUCUUGUUCGUGUGGGAGAGGAUAAAUAGGAAGGAUGCCGAAGAUUAUGCUGGGGCUGUUGCUUCUGGUUUAAUUUGUGGUGAUGGGAUUUGGACUGUUCCAUCAGCCCUUCUCUCCAUAUUCAAGAUUGACCCGCCUAUCUGCAUGUAUUUUGGACCUUCUGCGACUACCUGAAAAAUGAUACUCCGCAAAAAGUAGGAAACAAUGGCUUUUGCUUGUUUCUUGAAUACUGGAGUGGAUCAGAAUGCUGCUCUGAGCAAGGUCCCUUCAAACUCUUAGUUUAGCC